AUGACACGACCCUCCCGACCAACCCAAACAGCAGGCCCUCUGCUCCUCCUCCUCCUACUCGGCUCAACCGCGUCCCCAUCCUCAGCCGCCGCGACAGCCCCUCCUUCAACAUUUGACUGUGCGAAAGUAGAGUUUGACGGGCACACCUAUGACUUCCACGACCUCGCCGGUCCCCACACCAUCGUCACGACCGAGUAUGCGGCACCGACAUAUCGGAACACGACCUACACCAUCGACUUGUGCGGGCCGCUGAAACGGAAGGGGGAUAUAGCGAAGGAGGAGAGAUGUCCUGACGUAUGCGCCAUCAAGCAUCGCUUCGACCCCAAAACAGGCAAAUCCGUCACCGACAGCGUGAUCCCCAUCGUCAUUGGGCACGGCAACGAUCACGCGGCAUUUAACUGGGGGAUUAAGAGGAUAGCCGAGGGGCGCGACACUAAGGAUAAGAAGAACGACGGCCUGCGUCUAACCCUCCAAAGCGACACAACCUACCAACAGCGCCCACAGAGCGCAGUCAUUUCCCUCCGCUGCGACCCAGAGAAAGUUGGCACAGAGGGCGAGUGGGAACAGAAGUUGGUUGAGUACGAACCUGCAAAGAAAAACAGCAAGCGGGGGGUUGAGACUCAAGAGGACACGAAGAAGGAGGAGAAAGACCCCGUAGAUAUCAGCCAGCCAGAGCACCAGCUGCGCAAACAAGAUGCGGCGCUGCUUUGGGAGGGAUAUAAGCGUGAGCAAGUGGUCGACGGGACUGAGACGAAGGAAAUUGACACGCUGUAUCUGACGUGGUAUACCAAGCAUGCGUGUCGGGCGGAGGGAGAAAACCCGCCGACAGAUGGGGGAAAGGAGAGUAAGCAUUGGGGUUUUUUUACUUGGGUGUUUAUUAUAGCCUUCCUCGCCGUCGCAUCCUACCUCAUCUUUGGGUCUUGGCUCAACUACCACCGGUAUGGCGCACGCGGAUGGGAUCUGCUGCCGCAUAGCGACUUGAUUAGGGAUAUCCCGUACUUGUUGCGGGACGUCAUUCGGCGGGUGUUGAACACGGUGCAAAGCUCGGGGAGCAGAGGCGGGUACUCGGCGGUUUGA